AUGAACCCCAAUAUUUGGAGAUAUCUUGUUAGUUGUAAUGAUUUCUAUGAAAUCCUCCUAUUUUUAUAUCUGCAGGAGUCAUGGCAUGAGUUAGCAAAUGCUUUUUCGAAUGAAAGAAUCUUGUUCUCAUUAAAUUCUGCUCACCAACGUUCACUAGCUCAAACACUUGUUCUUUCAGCUUCUGGCAUGAGAACUUCAGAGGCUUCCAAUCAGUAUGUAAGGGGUCUCAUGGGUCAUAUGGUGUCUUAUCUAGUGGAAAUGUCUGGCAAGAAUGAUCUCAAACAGGUUGUCCAACAGCCAGAUGUUAUCCUGUUGGUCUGUUGUUUGUUGGAGCGGCUUCGAGGUGCUGCUAGUGCAUCGGAACCUCGCACGCAGAAGGCGAUUUAUGAGAUGGGAUUUUCUGUAAUGAACGCUGUUCUGAUCUUUCUUGAGCUCUACAAACACGAGGUGCAUCUGGCGAAGAAUUUAGUAUUUUCUAGUGUGGGUUGUUGUAAUGUAGUUCUUUAUUCUGACUUUGUUAAACCUUGA